AUGGUUUUAAUGGAUAAUGAGAAAUCAGGAUUUAAUUCUCAAGAGAAAGAACAAUUGGAAGGCAAGUCUAGUACCAAAAAUAUUGAAAUAGGACAGACUGAUUCUCCUAGUAAUGGUGAGCCAAGUAGGAAAGCUCAAAUUUUAAAUCAACCUGGUUUUCAAGUCAAAUUUCAAUUUGAAGAAACAAUAUUGAAUGGAAAUGAAGCUCAAAAUGUGUGGUAG